AAAGAAUACAAAUGUCCUGAAUGUGGACAGGCGUUCACGCGCAAUUCACAUCUUCAAGUACAUCAGCGAAUUCAUACAGGAGAGAAGCCCCAUCAGUGCAAUGAAUGUGGGAAAAAGUUCAGGCACAAGGCAAGCCUUGUAGUACAUGAGCGAAUUCAUACAGGAGAAAAACCUUAUACAUGCAAAGAAUGUGGAUGGAGUUUCAGUCAAAUUGGAAAUCUUAUAAAACAUCAACGAAUUCACUCAGGAGAAAAGCCCUAUAUAUGCAAAGAAUGUGGGAAAUGUUUCCGUUGUUCCUCAAUUCUUAAAAUCCAUCAACGCUGCCAUUCAGGGGAGAAACCUUUUCGUUGUGAACAAUGUGGGAGAAGCUUCACAACUAGUUCAUCACUUACAAGGCAUCAAAAAAUUCAUGCUGGGGAGAAAUCAGAUAAAUGUUAA